AUCAACAAUAACAACGUUCACAAAUGGCGUGGUCGGAAAUUUACCAUUUUUUUUAAAAAAAUGUCAUAACUAUAAAUUUUUUAGUUUAAAUGUAAAACCAAGUAGACGACUGUCGUAUAAUGAGUAUUUACAAAAAAGUGGACUUUUACGAGCUGUGCAGGCUUUGCAUGUGUGUGGGCGGUCAAAAACAACAUCUUUUCAAGAGUCGAGAAAGCUGUGAUAGACAGUUGCCAUUGAAAUUGCAGAAGUGCAUCCCGUUGCAGAUCAAAGAAAGUGACUCACUACCCAAAGGCAUUUGCGAAAACUGCAUAGCAAAAGUAGAAGAAUUCUUUGACUUUGUAGAUCAGUGUGUUAAUACAGAAUCUAUGUUGAAGAGUUAUUGUGCCACUUUGAGUGUAUCUGAUCAAAUGAAAUGUCAAGGAAAAGUUUAUGUUCGAGAACCAAUAGAAGCUCAAUCCAGAGAAAACUCCAAAAGUCCUAAAAAAAAUGAUGAUGAUCGUAUGUCGUCGUUACUCACAAUGCAAAGUUUAUCAAAUCUUGUUCAGUCUGGCUCAAUACAAAUAGUGAAUGAUAUCAAUAGUCGAUAUCAGGACUUCAAUAAAUAUGAUAUGCAGCAAGUGAUAACGAGCACAACGCCUGGCGUUGAAUCUAUGAAGUAUAAUUACACUAUGGCCAACAAUCCUCAUCAAUCGACUCAAACAGAUUCUUCUAAUGAUGAAAACGAUAUUAGUGAAAAUGUUCAAACAAUUUACUCUGUACCUGAUAUGCCUAGUCCGAAAAAAGAUGAUUCUGAAAUGAAUGCACAUUCUUUAUCGUAUGUAACUCCUUUAACUGUAGAGCCUGAAAUGCUACAUUUUCAAUUUAAUAAAUCUGAAAGUACUGAUCCAGAUUCUGAUCUAGAAAAUUGUAAAAUUGAUGUACCAGAUAACGAGAAACCAUAUAUAAAUGGAUUUUUAUCAGCGGAAGGUGCUCUAGCUUCGUGCACUGCUUGUGGAAAAGUAUUAGAAAGCGAAGAAGAAAUUGUAAUGCACAGUCAAAUGUGUAGAGCAAUGGUAAACAAUGUUAGUAUUCCUCAUUUACCUGCCAAAAGUACGAGAGAUACGAUGCCACCUCGAUUUCCAUGUGACGUUUGUGAGAAGAAAUUCAAAAGAAAAGAGCAUUUAAUUCAGCAUCGGAAACUUCAUACCGGAGAACGACCUUAUAGCUGUGAAACCUGUGCAAAGUCGUUUAGCCGUAAAGAGCACCUCAUGAGACACAUGUUAAGCCAUACAGGCCAACGAUUAUAUGGAUGUGAUUUAUGCCAUAAACAUUUUAGCCGUAAGGACAAUCUACACAAACAUCGAACCACCCAUGGAGUGACUGGACCUCUCGUUUGUGAAAUAUGUGGAAAAUCAUUUAUUGUGAAACAUUACUAUGAUAUGCACAUGGCAACUCAUAAUGAUGUAGACGAUAGCCAAUUGCCAUACAGUUGCGAUAUAUGUAAAAAACGCUUCGCCACUAGUCAAUUUUUGGUAACUCACAGGUUUAGGCAUAGAACCAAAAACAAUUAUGCUAUUCCAAGACUUGAAAAACCACAGCCGGGUUCGAUUAUGGGAGCGGCACAAAGUGAAGAUGAUGAACAGCAGCAAAAUCAAAAUCAAGUGCCAAACAGUGCUUAUCAAGUUGCCUACAACGAUAAUAACUCAUAAUUAUUGUGUGCAAGUUUUACAAAAACCCUAAAUAACUAGGGUUUUCAGGGUGAAUAUGGGUUCCUACAAACAUUAGGUUAAGAGUUACAAUAUUUUUUUACAUUAUUAGUUUGAUUGUUGUCUUGCCACUCCAUAUCGAAA